AUGUCCAUCAGAAGGGCUUCAGAAGGUUGCUACCAUGGUAUCAUGCAACAGAAGAUAUAUUUCAUCAGGCGUUUUCAAAAGCCAAAAAGGUUUAUUUACACCUGCGGAGGGACAUUACAAGGAUUAAAUGGCACGAUAGAAAGUCCUGGCUUCCCAUAUGGGUAUCCAAAUGGUGCAAACUGUACAUGGAUCAUUGUAGCAGAAGAACGCAACAGAAUACAGAUUGUGUUCCAAUCAUUUGCUCUGGAGGAAGAGUAUGAUUAUCUGGCAUUGUAUGAUGGACAGCCACAUCCUGUGAACUUUAGGACAAGGUUAACUGGCUUUCAGAUACCUGCGCCUGUGACAAGCACUGGGUCUGUGUUUGCAUUGCGUCUUACAAGUGACUUUGCUGUCAGUGCACAUGGAUUUAAGUUAUUUUAUCAAGAGUUGCAGAGCAGUACUUGUGGAAACCCUGGUGUACCACAUGGAGGUAUUGUUCAUGGCACAAGCUUUGAUGUUGGAGACAGGAUCUCGUACUCCUGUGUGCAUGGUUAUAUCCUCGAUGGACAUCCCCAGCUGACCUGCAUGGCUAGCUCAGGAAAUACUGCAUCAUGGGAUUUCCCUGUUCCCAUUUGUAAGGCUGAAGAUGGCUGUGGGGGAACUCUGCAAGGAUCCAGCGGUAUUAUUUCCAGUCCAAACUUCCCUGGCGAGUAUUACAAUAAUGCAGACUGUACCUGGACAAUUGCUGCAGAGCUUGGGGAUACCAUCUCACUCAUUUUUACAGAUUUUCAGCUUGAAGAAAAGUAUGAUUAUUUGGAAAUUGAGGGAUCGGAGCCUCCAUCAAUAUGGUUGUCAGGAAUGAAUCUGCCUCCACCUAUUAUCAGCAGCAAGAACUGGCUGAGGCUGCACUUCAUAUCCGACAACAACCACAGGCACAGGGGAUUCAGUGCUCAGUAUCAAGUGAAAAAGUCCAUAGAUUUUAAAUCUAGAGGAGUUAAAUUGUUCCCAGGGAAAGACAACAGCAACAAGUUUUCUAUCUUGAAUGAGGGAGGAGUAAAGCAAGCAUCCAACUCUUGUCCAGACCCUGGAGAGCCAGAACAUGGAGUAAGAAUUGGUUCUGAUUUUAGUCUUGGAUCAUCGGUCCAAUUUACAUGUGAUGAAGACUUUGUUCUGCAAGGAUCGAAACGUAUCACAUGCCAGACUAUUGCUGAAGUUUUUGCAGCAUGGAGUGACCAUAGACCUGUAUGUAAAGUGAAAACGUGUGGAGUUAAUCUGAAUGGUCCAUCUGGUAGCUUUGUGUCUCCCAAUUUCCCUUUCCAAUAUGACAGCAAUGCUCAGUGUGUCUGGAUAAUAACAGCAGUAAGCCCUAAUAAGGUGAUUCAGAUUGAUUUUGAAGAAUUUGAUUUGGAGAUUGGCUACGACACCCUCACUAUUGGUGAUGGAGGAGAAGUUGGUGAUCCUACUACUGUUCUUCAUGUGCUGACAGGUAGCUUUGUCCCGGACUUAAUCGUAAGCAAGAGCAAUCAGAUGUGGUUACACCUGCAAACAGAUGAAAGCAUCGGAUCAAUUGGCUUCAAGAUAAACUACAAAGAAAUUGAUGAGGAGAGUUGUGGUGACCCUGGGACCCCAUUAUAUGGCAUAAGAGACACAGAUGGAUUUUCCAAUGGAAACAUUUUGAGAUUUCAGUGUCAAUCUGGAUUUGAACUGAUUGGCGAAAAAUCCCUUCUUUGUCAAGACAACAAUCAGUGGUCAGCAAAUGUGCCCAUUUGCGUCUUUCCUUGUCUGUCUAACUUCACUGCACCCGUUGGAACAGUACUGUCACCUGACUAUCCUGAGGGUUAUAGCAACAACAUGAACUGCGUCUGGUUAAUCAUUGCCGUUCGAGGGAGUCGAAUUCAUCUUUCUUUCAAUGAUUUUGACUUGGAAUCCCAGUUUGAUUUCCUUGCAGUUAAAGAUGGGGAGUCAGUGGAUUCACCACUCCUUGGGACAUUCAGUGGAUCAGAAGUUCCUUCACAUCUCACUAGCAAUGGUCACAUUCUACGGCUGGAAUUUCAAGCUGAUCACUCUAUGUCUGGACGAGGAUUUAACAUCACAUACAGCACAUUUGGCCACAAUGAAUGUCCUGAUCCCGGCAUUCCCAUUAACGGGCGACGCUUUGGUGACAACUUUCAAUUGGGAAGCUCAGUAUCUGUUCUAUGUGAAGAAGGAUUCAUAAAAACUCAAGGGACAGAAACUAUAACCUGUGUGCUAAAAGGCGGAAAAGUCAUGUGGAGUGGACCAAUUCCUAAAUGUGAAGCUCCUUGUGGUGGCCAUUUUUCUUCACCUAAUGGAGUAAUCCUAUCACCAGGCUGGCCUGGAUAUUAUAAAGACUCCCAGAACUGUGAGUGGGUGAUUGAAGCUGAAGCAGGACAUUCUAUCAAAAUCACAUUUGAAAGGUUUCAGACUGAAGUCAAUUAUGAUGUUCUGGAAAUCCAUGACGGCCCAAAUCUUCUCUCCCCGCUACUUGGCUCUUUCAAUGGCACACAAGUGCCUCAGUUUCUCUUUAGCAGUGCUAACUAUCUUUAUUUGCUGUUUACCACCGAUAAUAGUCGCUCCAAUAUUGGUUUCAAGAUUCAUUAUGAGAGUGUUACAGUUGAUACAUACUCCUGCAUGGAUCCUGGGAUCCCAGUCAAUGGAUAUCGAUAUGGACAAGAUUUCUCCAUUGGUUCGACUGUAGCGUUCAGCUGUGAAUCUGGCUACACAAUAAGUCAUGAGGAACCGCUCAUGUGUGAGAAGAAUCACUGGUGGAAUCACCCCUUGCCUACUUGUGACGCACUGUGUGGUGGAACUAUUCGAGGACCCACUGGAACUAUCUUAUCACCUGGUUAUCCUGACUUUUAUCCAAAUUCAUUAAAUUGUACCUGGACUGUGGAGGUCUCCCAUGGUAAAGGUGUUCAAUUCACCUUUCACACCUUUCAUUUGGAGGAUCAUCAUGACUAUUUCCUCAUCACAGAAAAUGGCAGCUUUACUCAGCCACUUGCACGGCUGACAGGCUCGGAACUGCUUGCACCAAUUAAUGCUGGUCUCUAUGGAAAUUUUAAGGCUCAGCUCCGCUUCAUUUCAGACUUUUCGAUAUCAUAUGAAGGAUUUAAUAUUACAUUUUCAGAAUACAACUUGGAACCCUGCGAGGACCCGGGCAAUCCAACAUUUGGCAAACGUAUGGGAACAUCCUUUGGUAUUGGCGACUCGUUAACAUUUUCCUGUACUCCUGGUUACCGCCUUGAAGGGGCAUUCCAGAUCACGUGCCUUGGAGGUGGUCGUCGUGUGUGGAGUGCACCUCUGCCAAGGUGUGUGGCUGAAUGUGGAACAUCCAUAACAAGCAACGAGGGAAUCCUGCUUUCUCCCAACUAUCCUUUGAACUACGAAAACAACCACGAGUGUGUGUACAGCAUACAGGUGCAAGCGGGAAAAGGAAUUAAUAUUUCAGCCAGAACAUUCCACUUAGCACAAGGAGACACUCUUAAGAUAUAUGAUGGAAAAGACAGUUCUGCUCAUCUUCUGGGGGCUUUCUUUGGCACUGGAAUGCUGGGUACGACAUUAAGCAGUACAUCCAAUCACCUGUGGCUGGAGUUUAACACUGACUCUGAAGCAACUGAUGAAGGUUUUCAACUUGUUUACAACAGUUUUGAGCUCUCUCACUGUGAAGAUCCUGGCGUGCCUCAGUUUGGAUACAAAAUAAGUGACCAGGGACAUUUUGCUGGAAGCACUAUUUCCUACGGUUGUAAUCCAGGUUAUACCCUACACGGAAGUAGUAUCCUGAAAUGUAUGACUGGAGAACGAAGAACCUGGGAUUACCCACUUCCAUCAUGUAUUGCUGAAUGUGGAGGCCAGUUCAAAGGUGAAUCAUCUGGAAGGAUCCUAUCCCCGGGUUAUCCCUUCCCAUAUGACAAUAAUCUCCGCUGCAUGACAAUCGAAAUGGAUCCAGGAAAUAUUAUCAGCCUUCAGUUUAUUGCAUUUGAUACUGAGGCAUCUCAUGACAUUUUACGUGUGUGGGAUGGUCUUCCUGAGAAUGAGAUGCUUCUGAAAGAAGUUAGCGGAUCUCUUAUUCCUGACAAUAUCCACAGCACCCUCAAUGUUAUCACAAUCCAGUUUGAUACUGACUUCUUCAUCAGUAAAUCGGGAUUUGCUGUCCAGUUUUCAAGCUCUGUGGCAACGGCUUGCCGUGAUCCUGGUGUACCUAUGAAUGGAAGUCGGAAUGGAGAUGGCAGGGAUCCUGGAGAUACUGUCAUCUUCCAGUGUGAACCUGGCUAUGAGCUUCAGGGUGAAGAGAAAAUUACCUGCAUUCAAGUGGAAAACCGAUACUUCUGGCAGCCCAGCCCUCCUGUAUGCAUUGCACCAUGUGGGGGCAACCUGACCAGUUCUUCAGGAUUUAUUCUUUCACCAAGCUACCCACAUCCCUAUCCUCAUGGCAAGGAAUGUGACUGGACCAUCACUGUUAACAAUGACUACAUCAUAUCUUUGACAUUCAUUAGUUUUACCAUGGAGCCCAACUAUGACUUCCUUUACCUUUAUGAUGGCCCAGACAGUAACAGCCCUCUGAUCGGAAGCUUUCUAGAUAAUAAGCUGCCUGAACGGAUUGAGAGCAGUUCAAAUAACAUGCACUUAGCAUUUCGGAGUGAUGGUUCUGUUAGCUUUUCUGGAUUUCACAUUGAAUAUAAAGCAAAGCUUCGAGAAUCAUGCUUUGAUCCCGGGAAUGUCAUGAAUAGCACCAGAUUGGGAAGUGACUUUAAAUUGGGAUCGACUGUUACGUACUAUUGCAAUGCAGGCUAUGUGCUCCAAGGUUACUCAACUCUUACAUGCAUCAUGGGAGAUGAUGGAAGACCUGGAUGGAAUCGGGCUUUGCCCAGCUGUCAUGCUCCAUGUGGAAGUCGAUCCACAGGUUCCGAUGGUACAGUGCUGUCACCAAACUAUCCCAGAAAUUACAGUACUGGACACAAUUGUGUUUAUUCCAUCACUGUCUCCAGAGAGUUUGUGGUGUUUGGCCAGUUUGUGUUUUUUCAGACAGCCCUUCAUGAUGUUGUUGAUAUAUACGAUGGACCUACUCAGCAAGCUUCACUAUUGACUUCACUGUCAGGGUCUCAUUCAGGAGAGUCCCUUCCUUUAAGUUCAGGUAACCAGAUCACAAUCAAGUUCAGCUCAGUCGGUCCAAUAACAGCCAAAGGAUUUCAUUUUGUUUAUCAAGCUGUGCCAAGGACCAGUGCAACCCAAUGCAGUUCUGUGCCUGAGCCAAGGUUUGGAAAAAGAGUUGGGAAUGAUUUUGCAGUUGGCUCCGUGGUUCUGUUUGAAUGCAAUCCUGGUUACAUCCUCCAAGGUUCACCAGGGAUUAAAUGUGCAUCAGUGCCAAAUGCCUUGGCUCAGUGGAACGAUUCUCUACCUACCUGCAUUGUGCCCUGUGGUGGAAUUUUAACUAAACGCAGAGGGAGCAUUCUGUCUCCGAGUUAUCCUGAACCAUAUGACAACAAUUUGAACUGCAUCUGGAAAAUCACAGUGCCGGAAGGUGCUGGUGUACAAGUUCAGGUAAUAAGCUUUGCAACAGAGCAUAACUGGGACUCAUUGGAUUUCUUUGAUGGGAUUGACACUAAUGCACCACGACUCGGGAGCUUUUCAGGCACAACAAUACCAGUGCUCCUCAACAGCACGUCUAAUAACUUGUACCUAAACUUUCAGUCAGACAUCAGCAUUUCAGCUGCUGGCUUUCACCUCGAGUACACAGCAAUAGGAUUGGAUUCCUGCCCAGAACCACUUACUCCCAGCAAUGGAAUCAAGAAUGGGGAUAGAUAUUUGGUUGGAGAUGUUAUAUCAUUUCACUGUGAUCAGGGAUACUCAUUGCAGGGGCAUUCCCAUAUAACAUGCAUGCCAGGACCGGUCCGAAGGUGGAAUUACCCUAUUCCCAUGUGCAUAGCCCAGUGUGGUGGUUCUCUGACCGAUUUCAGUGGAGUCAUCCUUAGCCCUGGUUUUCCGGGAAACUACCCGAGCAGCUUGGAUUGCACGUGGUCAAUAACUCUACCAAUUGGCUUUGGUGUGCACUUGCAAUUUGUUAAUUUUUCCACGGAGACAAUCCACGAUUACCUGGAAGUGAGGAGUGGGUCUGCAACAACUGGAGCAGUGAUUGGUAGAUUUAGUGGUCCUCAGGUUCCAGCAGCUCUGUUCAGUACAACCCAUGAAACCACCAUAUACUUUCACAGUGAUUACUCCCAAAACAAACAAGGCUUCCGCAGUAUGUAUCAAGCGUACCAGCUUCAAAGUUGUCCCGACCCCCGUCCAUUUCGAAAUGGUUUUGUUGUCGGAUAUGACUUAUCAGUAGGACGAACCAUCUCAUUUGAGUGUCUCCUUGGUUACACUUUAAUUGGUGAGCCAGCACUCACUUGUCUUCAUGGUAUAAGUCGUAACUGGAAUCACCCAAUACCCAGAUGUGAAGCUCUCUGCGGAGGCAAUAUUACUGCACUAAAUGGUACUAUCUACUCUCCUGGGUAUCCUGAUGAGUACCCGAACUUUCAGGACUGCUUUUGGAUUGUCAAAGUGCCUCCAGGCCAUGGAAUCUACAUCAACUUUACUGUCCUGCAAACAGAACCUAUAUAUGAUUUCAUUACAGUAUGGGAUGGGCCAGAACAGACUGCUCCUCAGAUUGGACAAUUCAGUGGGAAUACAGCGCUGGAGUCCGUCUACAGCACGUCAAAUCAGAUCCUUAUCAAAUUCCACAGUGAUUUUACAACUGGCGGCUUCUUCAUACUCAGUUACCAUGCAUACCAACUACGAAUCUGCCAAUCUCCACCAGCGAUGCUCACGGGACAAAAUUUGACAGAGGAUGAUGAAUUUGAAAUAGGAGACCUCAUAAGAUUCCAUUGUUUGCCAGGAUUCACGUUGAUUGGUAAUGAGAUUCUUACCUGUCGACUAGGAGAACGUUUACAAAUGGAUGCUGCUCCUCCAUCUUGUGAAGUGCUCUGUCCAGUCAAUGAAGUGCGAACUGAUUCAACAGGUGUUAUAUUGAGCCCCGGAUACCCAGACAGCUACCCUAACUUCCAGACUUGUGCUUGGAGCAUUAUUGUGGAAAAGGGUUACAACAUUACCUUGUUCUUUGAGUUUUUCCAGACAGAGAAAGAAUUUGAUGAGCUGGAGGUUUUUGAUGGUCCAAAUAGCCACAGCCCAUUGCUAAAUUCCUUCAGCGGAGAUUACUCUUCUCCUUUCAAUAUCACCAGUAGUGGCCAUCAACUUUUUCUUCGCUGGUCUGCUGAUCACGGUACCAACAAAAAAGGCUUCCGCAUUCGAUAUGUUGCCUUUUACUGCAGCACUCCAGAGUCUCCUCCCCAUGGUAUCAUACUUAGCCAAACAGGAGGGCAGCUCAACAGCGUUGUUCGCUGGGCAUGUGAACCAGGUUAUAGGCUUAUUGGAAACAGCACUGCCAUAUGCAGGAAAUCACUUUAUGGAUUUUACUCUUGGAAUGUGCCUGUUCCUGCCUGUCAAGCAAUAUCAUGUGGUGCGCCCAAAGCAUCAGUGAAUGGAGGAGUAUUUGCCACCGAUUACUCAGUAAGCACGCGUGUCAGCUACUUUUGCAACGACGGCUACCGGCUUUCAUCAAAGGAGCAUUCCACCGCCGUGUGCCAGCAGGAUGGUACAUGGAGCAAUCAGAACCGUCCACCAAGGUGUAAUGUGAUGGCAUGCCCCAGCAUCAGCUCUUUCACUUUGGAGCACGGGAGUUGGCGAAUUGUGAAUGGAUCAAAUUAUGAAUUUAGAACAAAGGUUGUCUUCACCUGUGACCCUGGCUACUAUCGACUUGGACCAACCACUAUUAUGUGCUUGGCUAAUGGAACUUGGAGUUGGGGACGAGCAAGACCACGUUGUCAGAUUAUUUCAUGUGGAGAAUUAGGACAUCCUCCUAAUGGUAAAAAGAUUGGAACUCAAACUACCUUUGGAGCUACUGCCAUCUUGACCUGUGACAUAGGCUAUAUAUUAGUCGGUUCAACAGUCAGGGAAUGCCUGGCAUCAGGACUUUGGAGUGGAACUGAAACCAGGUGUUUAGCUGGCCACUGUGGAGUUCCAGAUGCAAUAGUCAAUGGGCAAGUAGUUGGAGAGAAUUAUGGUUACAGAGAUACAGUGGUUUACCAGUGUAAUCCUGGAUUCCGUUUAAUUGGUUCAUCCGUCCGAAUAUGUCAGCAGGAUCACAACUGGUCUGGACAGCUCCCAAUUUGUGUGCCAAUCAGUUGUGGUCAUCCUGGAAAUCCAGUUUAUGGGAAAACCUCUGGAAAUGGUUUCAAUCUCAAUGAUGUUGUAACAUUUUCUUGCAACACUGGUUACGUGAUGGACGGGUCAGCCAGAGCCCAAUGUCAGACGAACAGGCAAUGGAGCCAGUCAAUACCCACAUGUAGAGUGGUGAACUGCUCUGAUCCUGGAAUUCCUGCAAAUUCCAUUCGGGAAAGUAAGAUAGAAUAUGGAAAUUUCACCUUUGGCUCCAUGGUAUUUUACGACUGUAACCCUGGAUACUUUUUGUUUGGAUCUUCUGUGCUGACUUGUCAGUCCAAUGGGUAUUGGGAUAAGCCCUUACCUCAAUGUACCUUGGUUGACUGCGGCCAUCCUGGCAUUCCACCAAAUGCAAUUUUGACUGGCGAUAAGUACACAUUUGGGGCAACUAUUCACUACUCCUGUGUUGGCAAAAGGCUGCUUAUUGGCUCUGCAACGCGUACCUGCCAGAAGAAUGGACAUUGGAGUGGCUCCAUGCCUCACUGUUCCGGAGAUACGGUUGGAACAUGUGGUGAUCCUGGCAUUCCAGCACACAGUUCAAGAGAGAAGAGUGAAUUCUGGGUGAAGGGCAUUGUGCGCGUUUCUUGUCUAACAGGAUAUGUUUUACAUGGUUCUGCUGAACGAGUUUGCCUUUCCAAUGGCACCUGGUCAGGGAAGCAGCCAGAGUGUAAAGCUGUCAAAUGUGGAAACCCUGGGACACCAGCGAACGGCAAAGUGUUUUGGAUUGAUGGAACGUCAUACUCAAAUUCUGUUACAUACUCGUGUCUAGAAGGAUACGUACUCUCCGGUUCGGCAACAAGACAGUGCACCGUUAAUGGUACAUGGUCAGACAAUAUACCCAAUUGCACGAUAAUUACCUGUGGAGAUCCUGGAGUACCGGCAAAUGGGAUGAGAUUAGGGGAUGAUUUUACAGUGGGACAAAAUAUCACACAAAUGUGCCAACCAGGAUACACAAUGGACUCUCAGGCUUCCAUGGUUCGUUCCUGCCUCAGCAAUGGUACAUGGAGUGGCUCAAUGCCACUAUGUAAAGCUGUGACUUGCUCCGCUCCACCACAGAUUUCAAAUGGGAAAAUGGAAGGAACAAAUUUUGAUUGGGGGUCAAGCAUUAGCUACAGCUGUUCUCCAGGAUACGAGUUGUCCUUUCCUGCAAUUCUCAACUGUGUUGGAAAUGGAACAUGGACAGGAGAUGUGCCUCAGUGUUUGCCAAAGUUUUGUGGAGACCCUGGGGUGCCGGCACGAGGAAGGAGAGAGGGAAAGAGCUUCAUCUACCAAUCAGAAGUUUCAUUCAACUGCAACACUCCUUUGAUCUUAGUGGGUUCAAGCACUCGGAUUUGUCAGGCUGAUGGGACUUGGAGUGGAUCACAACCUCGCUGUAUAGAACCGUCGCAUACAACAUGUGAAAACCCAGGAACACCACUGCAUGGAACACAAAAUAAUACAUUUGGUUUUACGGUGGGAAGUGUAAUCCAAUUUCACUGCAAGAAAGGACAUUUACUUCAAGGAUCUACCACUCGAAUUUGCCUUUCUGAUCUCACCUGGAGUGGAAUUCAACCUGAAUGCAUACCACACAACUGCAAACAGCCAGAGACUCCUGCUCAUACUAAUGUGGUUGGGAUGGAUCUUCCUUCACUGGGUUAUGUUCUAUUGUACACCUGUCAGCCUGGAUUCUUCUUAGCUGGAGGAUCAGAACACAGAGCUUGCAGGUCUGAUGGGACUUGGACAGGGAAGUCACCCAUCUGUCAAGCUGGUUCGAAGAAAUCAGAGAAAAGUAACAGACCUUCAAUUGGAACGCCAAGCCCCAAACUAAGUGUUCCAGAUGAUGUUUUUGCUCCGCAUUAUAUUUGGAAGGGAUCUUAUAACUACAAAGGAAAGAAGCAGCCCAUGACAUUGACAGUCACAAGUUAUAAUACUUCAUCGGGCAGAGUCAAUGCUACUCUCACAAACAGUAAUAUGGAGCUACAACUUUCAGGUGUCUAUAAAAGUCAGGAAGCACGUCUUAUGCUUCUAAUGUACCAUGUGAUAGCACCUGAUCAAACUUCUGUCAGCAAGAUCAAAGAUAAAUGGGCCAUGGAUGGUUAUGUAUCUGCUGAACCUGAUGGUGCCACAUAUGUCUUUCAAGGAUUUAUACAAGGUGAAGAUUAUGGACAAUUUGGAGUCCAGAGACUAGGUCUGAACUCAAGUCAUGGCUCGAAUUCUCCCAAUCAACCAUAUGGUACAAAUAGUAGCUCUGUUGCCAUCGCCAUCCUUGUGCCUUUUUUUGCUCUUAUAUUUGCAGGAUUUGGGUUUUAUCUUUAUAAACAAAGGACCGCUCCCAAGACACAGUACACUGGCUGCUCUGUACAUGAAAACAAUAAUGGUCAAGCAGCUUUUGAAAACCCAAUGUAUGACACAAACGCAAAAUCAGCAGAAGGCAAGGCAGUUCGAUUUGAUCCCAAUCUCAACACAGUCUGUACAAUGGUAUAAGGCAGAAACUUGGUUUGAUUACAUAGCCUGAUACACAUCUAGCGCUUUGCAUCCUUGGGACAUCUAGAUUUUGACUAAACCAACUUAUGUACAAUGCACAUUUGGUUCACUGCUAUUUAAAGCACACUUUUCAGGAAUUUAAUGUACCAGAUUUAUCUGAAGAACCAGAAAAAAAGAACACGUUUUCACGGCUCACCCAGUUGGAACAGAUAUGCUCUUCGUUCUGUUACUGGAGAGCUUUUCAGCAACUUUAGCUGCACUCUAAGAGUGCUUAGCCACAAUUUUUUCAAAAAAAACCUAAGUACUCUCUCAGAAGAAAACUGCAGAUACUUGAGGAGCAUUGAACCACUGUUUUCAAUGUAACAAACAAUAGGGGCUAGGAUUUGGCAUGAAGGUUGGGACACUGAAUAUGUAACAAAGACCAUGAAGUACUGUAUAGUAAGAUUAUUACAGGUUUUG